AUGCCCUAUGCUCUCAGCAUCCCUGAGGCCCGGCAUGGCUGUUUCGAGGGGAAGCCCCAGAACCCCAGCAGUGCAAAGCCCAUUGGAGACAGAGGCGGCCUGAAGGAGAAGUGCAUGUGCAUGGUCUCGCCGCUUUGGGCGCACGUUGUCGUGAAUAGGCGUGGGGCUGAGGUUUGUCCUGCGAGUCUUCUCAAGGUCAGUUACAUCACCCAUAUGAUAUGUCUUUGUCAAUUCCUCGUUCUCCUCUCUCUCUCCUUCGCCGGAGAUAAAGCCGGAAAGGGUUUCUCGUGGACCAGUUCCACGCGUUUGUGGAGUCUCCUCUGUAGUGCCUCUGCCUCUCCCACGCGCAGGAUUGUUGCUUCUACAGAUGUCAAGAGUGUGGGAUGUGCUGCCACAAGUUCCUUUCAGCUCCUUGACAAGAUCACACAGGAUAUCCCACUUGCUCUGCCGCGCACACAAUUUAAUAUCUACGGAGUACGUUCAUUUGCCCAUCACGGGAAUAUUCCGGAGGGGGCGCUGCAGCCAUCUGAGCUUCGAGCCUUCGAGGCCGCUUCUUGCGGAAGCCGUAUCCGACCUUCUGUCGCAGGGUCACCUCUUGCAGUAUCUUGCCAGGCCAUACCUGGACAGAAGACGGAUGGUUACAUGCACCAUGGCUUGGCCGUUGCGAGGCAAUCGCAUAGCCUGCCUCUGCGAAGACGCGGCAAAAGCAACAAGUCAAACCGGCUCUUUUGCCUACGGAGAACGUCUUUCGCGGAGGGGCCGAGACACCAAGGGAUCAACGGAUCGAAGAUCUCGACACGCUGGUGA